CUGUCAUUAUCACCAUCGUGUCCGUCGGCUGUAUCCCCACCCAUCUACUGGCAUCCAAUCGUCGUCGUAGGAAGGAAGAAAAAGCAGGUGAGGUCGUCGAUAAUACCAGAGCCUAUACCAUCAUAUUCCGUCUUCCGUCGAACCAACAAUACCGUGUGUUGCAAUCCAACAACAACAGCAGCAGCAGCCGUGCCGAAGAAACAAAAGAAUAGAAACGGUCGAAUUUUUUAAGUGAGUAAGAAGCAUGGCCGAUUUAGAUGAUUUCUUUGCGAAGAAGGACAGGAAGAAGUCAAAGACGAAAAAGUAUUCGACGACGGAAGAGGUUGCCAAGAAAUUGGAGGACAACAACAAGAAGGUCGACAAACCAGUGAAGAAGGUCGUGACGGAGGGCGACGAGACCGGCGCCGAAAUACACGAUUUGGAUGAGUGGAAGGACUUUGAGGAGGAAAAGAAAGAUUACACUGGGCUGAAGAUCGGCAAUCUAACCAUAAACUCGGAGCUGGAGAAUCAGAAUACAGGGCAGGACAGUAACUAUGAGCAACAGGAAACAACAUAUGACGAGGCAGGAAACGAGGUCGAGAAGAAGGUAGGACCAUGGAAAAGGAUGGGCAACGAAUCGACGGGUUCGGCGGCGACGACCCAGGGACAGCAGCAGCAGACCCAGGCAGAUUAUUCACGCGUGGAGGAGCGGAGGCAGGAAUCCGCGCCGACGACCAACGUCGUCUCCGGCACCUACGUUCCGCCCAGCAAACGUAACCAGCCGUCGCAGCCGCAGAGUAUGCAGUCGAGCCGGCUCAGGUCGAAGGCCGCUCCUGACAUCCACAACGAGGAGUACUUCCCCACACUGUCCGGUGCCAAGGAACAGAAACAGAGAUCUCGAAAUGAGGGCUCCUUCGAGGUCGUCUCACACAGCAAAUCAAAUUCAUUGAGAUAUGUGGAACAGCAGAAGGGCAAUUCUCAGGGGCCAAAGCUGAGCCUUGGCAAUCGCUACAACACCCUCAGCAACGACAGCUAGUGUCCUGCAUGCAAACACACACACACAAA